AUGCUGGGAGUCGGGCGUGGCGGCCGAGCUCCGAGAUGUCCCGUAGUGACUCGGGCCGAAGCGACGGGCAGACUGGACCCCACACUGGCCCUGGAUGGCCGCCGUCCUCGCACCCAUGCAUUCGCUCAGCCUGAGGGACACUGGGCACCAGGUUCAUGCAAAGAGGCCUGGACUCGGAAACCAAGAAGCAACUAGAAGAGGAGGAAAAGAAGAUGAUCAGCGAUGAGCACUGGUACCUGGAUUUGCCAGAGUUCAAGGAGAAAGAGAGUUUCAUCAUAGAAGAGCAGAGCUUCUCCCUAUGUGAAGAUCUUCUCUAUGGAAGGAUGUCAUUCAGAGGAUUUAAUCCCGAAGUUGAGAAGUUAAUGCUUCAGAUGAAUUCUAAGAACAAAGCAGCAGCAGAAGAAGAUGAGACAGCUGAGGUCGAUGUGUCGGACGAAGAAAUGGCAAGAAGAUAUGAGACUUUGGUGGGAACAAUUGGAAAAAAGUUUGCCAAGAAGAGGGACCGAGCCAAUUAUGAAGAAGAUGAAAACGGAAAUAUAAAACCCAUUAAAAUGAAGAAGAUGUUCUUAAAGCCCCAAGAUUAAAAUGGAUGCAGAUACAGCGGAUGCCUAUGGGUACAGCCUGCUUUGAGCCCAUCUUUGUGCCAUCUGUAGUGGCUAAUACUCUAAUGUUUACCUGUAAAGAAAUGUAUAACUUUGCAAUGUGCUGUUCUUGAGACAGAUGUGUAAUGGAUGUUAUACAUCCUUUUUACAGCAUUCUUCAGGGGCUUCGCAUGUGUAGGCACAGGCCGCUCCCUAGAGUUUUGACCUGAUUUUGUGUGUGUAUACACACAGACAGGACAUACACAUAGUUCUCCAUUUAUUGUCCUGGAAUGACUGUUAUAAACUAACUAUUGCCAUUGUUUAAACUGUCCUUAUAUUUAUAUUUUACUUUCUGAAUCAUGUCAAGCCAAUUCACACAUUUACUUCAGAAUCAAAUGUUCUCCAGGAACAGACCUGCAUUUACCCUGAAGUGUUUGCAUGCUGUCAGAUCUUUCUCAUUUGUAGUAGUAUGGGUUUUCUUUAUUUAAGGCAAUCAAUUGGGUCAUUUUUCUAAUGUUCUGUAAUAAACAUCUGUUUUCAUA